UUGUUUUAUAUAUAUUUUAUUAUUUUGUUGUUUCUCUUCAACGUGACUUUACCGAAAAAACUAAGAAUAUGAAUUACUGCAGUCACGAAAGCUUUAAAUCAGGGCUACACCUCAUACAUGAAACUGAAUAUAGGGGGGCGGGGCCCAGUUUGCAGGGACGUCACUCGCUCCGCCUACCAAUAUAGGGGGCGGGGCCCAGCUUGCGGUGAUGUCACUAGUUCCGCCUACCAAUAUUGGGAGGCGGGGCCCAGCUAGCGGUGAUGUCACUAGCCCCGCCUACCAACACUGAGGGGCGGGGCCCAGCUUGCAGUGAUGUCACUCGCUCCGCCUACCAACACUGAGGGGCGGGGCCCAGCUUGCAGUGAUGUCACUCGCUCCGCCUACCAACACUGAGGGGCGGGGCCCAGCUUGCGGUGAUGUCACUCGCUUCGCCUCCCAAUAUAGGGGGGCAAGGCCCAUCUUUCAGUGAUGUCACUAGCCCCGCCUCCCGCUCGUGCAUCGCCGUGGGGGGGUGGGCACAGCCAGUGGAAGACGUCGCUCCGCCCACGCGCGUGACGUAACGAUCAGCGCUCUCAGUUGGAGAGCUGCGGCAUCGUGUUGGCGGAGCGGAUCAUGGAGCCUCCCUCUCCCGUCUCGCCCUUGCUGUUGUUGUUUUCUCUGCUGCUGCUGCUGGGCACCGUGAAUGCCGCGUGCCCAAACCCCAGGCAGGAGCAGCGACUGCAGGACGCCGUGCGUGUGUUCGAAUUUCAGAAUGACGAGAGCGCCAACGUGACCAUCACGUGGGUCGGACGAGACACCGGGGUGGUGCUGGCCGUGUCACGAGUCAUCGAGGCUGUGUCCUGGAAGAGCCGCCUCUACCGAAGCGAGGACUACGGCGGGAGCUUCUCCGACAUCUCGGCACUGGUCGACGGAGGCCAUGCGCUGCCGGCCCUCGAGGUCAUUGUGGGCCCCGGGAGCUCCCAGCGGGUGGUCUUGCUGCCGCGUGAGAACAUCGCGAGGGACGUGAAGGUUUGGAUCUCGGAAGACGGCGGCAAAACCUUCCGGGCCAGGGACAUGCCGUUCACUCCGCAGCACGGCAUGGCGUUCCACUCCGCCAGCCAUGACCAUCUGCUGGCUUCCUCUUCCAGCAAUGAAUUGUGGAUCACCGAAGACUUUUUCGGAUCUUUCAAGAAGCUCGGCGACGCUGUGCGCGCCUACAAGUGGAGCCCCCAGGACACCACUGCCUACUACCUGGCCUCUCCACACGGACAGAAGGUGGAGGAGGCGAUCGUGGGAACGCUGGAGCUCAUGAGGAGCUCCGACUCCAGCAGGAGCGCUCAGCGCAUCGCCGAGCGCGUCUACUCGUUCGGGAUCGGGGGUCGCUUCCUCUGCGCCUCCGUCGUCCACGAAAAGGACAAGCAGCGGGUGCUGCAGGUGUCCACAGACCGGGGAGACUCCUGGACCAUGGCCCAGUUGCCUCCCAUCGACACCGAAGAGUUUUACUCUAUCCUGGGAGCGGAUGACAACAUAAUCUUCGUACACGUGGACGAGAAAGGAGACACGGGUCGGGGCACACUGUACGUAUCGGAUGACCGGGGGGCCGUCUUCUCGGAGUCCUUGGCUAGCCACCUGUACACGGCGCGGAACGGCUCCGCGGACUUCAUCAACGUGACGUCGGCGCGGGGCGCCUUCAUCACCAGCCGGCUCUCUGCAGACGGCUCGGCGCGCUCCGUGAUCACAUUCGACCAGGGUGGGGCGUGGCAGCCGCUGCCGAGGCCCACCAACGUGCCGUGUGAGGGUGGCAACGGGGAAGAGCAGCAGUGCCGCCUGACGAUCCACUCGGACUUGAGCAUGUCCCAGGAGGUGCGAGAGGUGCCGCACGGCCCGCUCAGCGAGCCCAGCGCUUCCGGCCUGGUACUGGCUCACGGCACCGUGGGGCAGAGCCAAGCGCCGGCGGCGGCCCCGGACGUGUACGUGUCGCGCGACGGAGGCCACUCUUGGGCGCGCUCCCUGGAGGGACCGCACGUUUGCGCCAUCCUCAACUCUGGGGGACUGCUGGUGGCCGUGCCCUACGCCGCCACCGUCAACACCGUGAGGUUCUCACUGGACGAAGGUCGGUGCUGGGGAAGCGUCAUGUUCUCACUGGAGCCCCUAGCCCUGGAGCGGCUGCUCACAGAGCCCGGCGCUCGCUCGCUCUCCGCGAGCGUCCUUGCCCGGCGCCUCCACCCCACGCCACGACUCGUCCUCACUACCAUCGACUUCAGCCAGCUCCUGCAGCGCAACUGUGUCGCCGGGGACUACGAGGAGUGGACGGCUCCCCUGGGCCGCGGCUGCGUGCUGGGCUCCACCGAGCACGACAUGCGCCUCAAGCCCGAUGCCGCGUGCCGCACCAACGGACAAGCGCUCCGCCCGGCGUCGCGCUCCGUGCCGUGCCCGUGCACGCAGCGCGACUACUCGUGUGACUUUGGAUUCUUCCGGCCCAACGGCAGCUGGGAGUGCGUGGAGGAGGCGAGCGCCCCAGGCCGGCGCUCCCUGCACGUGUGCGCGCGGGGCCAGCAGGAGGAGCUGCUCACCCAAGGAUACCGCAAGAUCCCCGGGGACCGCUGCGAAGGCGGCUUCCGCCCCAGCGGGGAUCUCCGCUCAAUCUCCAAGACCUGCACCUAUUCGCUCCAGGACGACCCCAAGCUGCACCUGCACUGGGGCGUGAUCGCCACUGUCGUGGUCGUGCUGGCGCUGGCCGUGCUGGCGGCCACCCUCAUCGUGCGCAAGUACUGCUGCCGGAUGAGCAUGCCCGUGUACCGCUUCUCUCAGCUGGAGCAGAACGACGAGUUUGGCUGCGACGAAGUGGACGCCGACAAGCUGCUUAUGCUGCCCGACUCGGACGACGUGAGUGGCGUCACACGGCACACGGCCCUCCUCCUGGCCGUGCCUCCUAUGGGCGGUCAUCUCACAUCGGCGGCCUUCUUAUCCGCAACUCCGAUUACCCGUGGGGGUGACGCGGUUCUGCAACGAUUCCUGUUGGUAUAGUUUGAUUAAAAUCUAUAUUUUUAAUCAUGAGUUCAUCUGUAGAUUAUCGCUCAGAUUCACGUUAAUAUGAUCAGGUGGAGUUUGACUUUUGAGCCUUGUGCAUGGCUGUGCGAUGUCGCCGAUUACAUCUGAGCACUCGGAGACACGGCAGAGAUAUUUCCUUACUGGCUAGAGAUGUAUUGAUAAAACACAUUAUUUGGCAUUAGGUUGUAGUUAUAAUUUAAAUAAAAAAUAUUUUAUCUCUUGUAUUUAUUUUCAGGAUCUUCUUACAGUAUGAAGGUUCUCCAGAAAAUCUGCACGGACGUGACCCUGCAACAGAAUUGCUGCGAUGGGAAAUGCUGAUGCAAUCUUAAACAUGUUUACAGGAGUUCAGUUAACAGUCCUGAUGGGAGGAGAACUGGAAUUAAUUUUAUUUCUUUAAACCCUUUCCACUGUUGAAGUAAGAUUAUCCACGUUAAUUAAAGUGGAUAGAAAAAUCAAUAUGUA